CUCAGGGCCAGCUCCCGGCGCCGGGCAGCCGGCUCCAUCCUGAUAGGCUGCGCUGCUGAAAAAACAUGAUGUCAGCCAGGGUUUAAGUGCUAUAUAUAGUGUGUGGACAAACUCCGUGGAUCUGUCUUUGACCAAGAGCGUACUGUUAUCCGAACUGCUGACACCAGACAGCCCUUACCAUUGCUUUGUAUUGCAGAACACCUGGGACAGUUGCUCCAGCCCUCUCACCACCGAAGUCAUUAACUGCACCCCAGUGUAAAGGUCAGCCUUGCAGCUUUGGAAGCCUCCUUAUUCUUCACUCAGCUUGCUGGGCUGUGUUUGUGUACAGGACAGACUUGCACCUAGCAGAAUCCUGGCUCUCUUGGUAUGCUGGCUGUUUCCUCUGAAUUGGAUGUGUCCCCGAAAAGAGGAUGAUACAACACAGGAAUGGGAAAUACAAGAAACUUCAACAGUUAUGGAAGUCAUAGGAACAAAACCAAUGGAGACAAGCUUCCUGGAUACAGUAAAGGUUAAUACAGUUAGAUGCAAACCAAAUAAAAGGGAUUACAAAGUAAUAGAAGUUGUUUUACUACAAGUAGAGAGCCAAUGGCAGUUUUACUCAGACUUUGUCGCUGUAACAGGAGGACGGCCUGUAAGAUGGAGCUGCCUGGUUUUGCUGUUGCUGUUUGGAUGUAUGUUUGCCUCUCUGCAUCUGUGGGUGGCUAUCCAAAUGGAAAAGUAAGAGAAGCCUGCACUAGCAUGGUACCCUGUCAUGGUAGCUCUCCUCAACUGUCACCUGAGCACACCAUUACAGUGAAUGGGACUGAAUUUAAACCAGGGGACAGCAUAGAAGUUCAUCUGUCUGGACCAGAUUUUGAAGGCUUUUUCAUACAAGCUCGGGAUGCAGAACACCUGGAUAGCCCUGCAGUUGGUUCUUUUUUGUUAGCUGAUCGGAGACGUUCUCAGCUGCUGACAUGUGGUCGGACCAAGAAUUCAGCUGUCAGUCACACAAGUAAAUCAAAAAAGAAAGAAAUAAAAGUUUAUUGGAUUGCUCCUGGAGAUGCUCCAAAACAUGUACAGUUUCUAGCCACAGUUGUGAAGAAAUACAGGAUUUUCUGGGUAAAGAUUCCAGGUCCCAUUGUUUCUCAGACUGAUGUGCUGUCCCCAACACCACCUUUGCAUGCAACAUCAGAGGCUAUGUCAACUUCAUACCCAGUUUCCUACAUAUCAAAGCCAUUUAGUGCAUCAGGUUGUGGAAGUAUGAAGUUCUGCAUUAGGAACCCUUCAAAUUGUGAUCCUGGAAGUGCUUCCUGUUUUUUUCUCUCCUUCCAACAAGAGGAGAGUUCAGUUUUUAUUGAAAUGAGUGGUCCAAGUGAAGGAUAUUUAGCAUUUGCAUUAUCCCAUGACCAGUGGAUGGGUGGUGAUGAUGCAUAUCUGUGUGUUAAUGAGGAUCACCGCAUUCACGUAAGCACUGCCCAUCUGAAGGAGCGAAGUUACCCUCUCUUGGAUUUAGAGAAUGCCCUUGAAGACGUGUCAUGGAGGCUUGCAGAUGGUGUUCUUCAAUGUUCUUUCAGAAGGCGUAUUCGUCUCCCUGCUUAUAAAGGGAGAUUUAAUCUGGAUACCAGUUACUACAUCUUUCUGGCAGAUGGGGAAGCUAGUGAAGGCGGACUAAUACACAAACAUCGUCGUCAGCCCCUGGUCACCGAUGGACUGUACAACGUCACAGGUCUUCCUCAGGAUAUUGGAGGUUCCCGGUCCCCGCGACUUAUCAAGGCUCAUGGAGCACUGAUGUUUGUUGCUUGGAUUACCACAGUUAGUAUUGGUGUUAUUGUUGCACGAUUCUUCAAACCUGUCUGGUCUCAUUCAUUCCUAUUUGGAAAGGAAUUGUGGUUUCAGGUGCAUCGUAUGCUUAUGCUGACCACAGUCAUGCUUACAAGCAUUUCUUUUGUGUUGCCUUUUGUAUACCGAGGAGGUUGGAGCCAACAAGCAGGUUUUCAUCCUUAUCUUGGCUGUGCUGUGAUGGCCUUGGCAAUCUUUCAACCACUUAUGGCGGGUUUCAGACCAUCUCGUCACGCGCCAAGGAGGCAAUUGUUUAACUGGUUUCACUGGAGUACUGGUACAACAGCUAGAAUAUUAGCUGUGGUAACCAUGUUCUUGGGAAUGGAUCUGCCAGCACUUGACCUGCCAGAUCCAUGGGACACCUAUACAAUGAUUGGCUUUGUGGCUUGGCAUGUUGGUACUGAUGUUCUUCUGGAAAUACACAGCUACUGUCUCGUUCGUAAAGUUGAAGUGAUAGAGGAUGACAGAGUACAGAUACUGCAGUCACUCACAUCUGCAGAAGCAGAGGGUUGUCUGUUUAAACAGAUUGUGUUAACCAUCUAUGUCUGUGGAAAUAUAGUAUUCCUUGUUGCCUUCCUGAUAGCAAUCAACCAAGUAUGAAAUAAGUAUUUGAGAAUUUUGUGAUGAAAUACUGUGCAGUUGAAAAAUCUGCAAGGAAUACUUUUUAUUGCAACUUUUUUCUCAACGUGUCCCUGAAGAUAUAAUUGAAGAAUAACAGCACGUGCAUGUCACACUCAGUGUUAGGGAGAUCUGGAAUUCAAAUCUAGAGAGGAAUCCUGCAAAAGCUGUCUUCUGAUGGGACUUUUAAUGGGAACCUUUGCCUGAGUAAGGAAUGAAAUCUCUAUUUUUUUUAAGCACACUAGUUAAUUUGAUUGAAGCUUAUGGGUUAAAAGAAGACUGAGAAGGUGUGCUGAAAAUGUUAUUUUGGUAGACAGUUCCCUAAACCUUUUGUGAAUAUUAUUGGGGGAACUGCUAAGAUAUGACUGAUCCAGAUCAAUCUGUCCACUUUACUGUGUUCUAAUGAUAUGUGAUAGGCCUACUUCCUGCUCUUGAUAGUUUUGUGCAUAAAGAAACCCCCAACCAGACAAACCACAAAACUUAGUGAAAAAUUGUCACAAAUGCAGGUUGAUGCAUGAGCUAAAUAGAUAAAAAUAAAAUGCAAAAACCACUGUCUGCUCUAAGAGCAGUGUACUUACACAACAAGCAUAGGAGUUUAGGAACUUCAGUCCUUUAGUAAAACCGCCAUUUGCCUCACUCAAAAUACUGCUGUGUCUCAUCCCUCUUGGUGCUUCUAAACCGUGAAGAGAAAAUGUGUUUUCAAUAUAAAUGCAUUAAAACCUAUUGUAACUUACGCAAAACUCAAAUCUGGAAGAACCUUUCUCUUUUUAUGGAUUUCUGUUUUACUGUCUUUGGUUGCUUGUGGCUUCUGAAUUACUUGACUGUUGCAAUGAGAUGGAUUUAUGCCAAUUGAUGCUUUAAUGGAAGUGAAAAUACUUGCUCUGGAAUGUUGCAGUUGUAUUUGUGCUAUUGAGCAAAAUGUAAAUUGGGAGCUAGGUUAACUUCAUAAAAAGCAGCUUCUGUUAGUGUUAAGUGAGAGCCCUUUGAGCUGGCAUAUCUAGAAGACAGAACUAUAAGAAUUCUGCUGACAAUUCUAUUCUGAAAGAAUAAUGGAGGGUAAUCUUUUAGUCAACAAAAGAUUUCUCCAAAUGUAUGAACUAGGUACAGAGACUGGAAAGGCACUGUAUUGCUUAACUUUUUUGGUUCAUGGUUUGCCUAGGUAUGGAAGGAUACUCUUGAAGUGGCAUUUUGGAAAUGAAACCUUAAUAUGCUGUGCAGUCACGGUGCUUUGCAGUUGUGUUUUGUGGCUCUGAACAGCUUGCUCCCACACAUCUUCAUUUUUCUUACUGAAAAGUAUCGAUUUUUAGUUGUAACAAUUCAACAUAUAUUUUUAGGCUAGGACUACUAAGCUAGCUGGGAAUUAAGGUGUUGGGAGUAUUGGAUUGAAUAGUAAGUAGUGAGGCCUGACUUGGUACAGACUUUUACAGCAGCAUCUCUACAAGUAUGGCUAGCUCUAAAAUACUUGUAGGUGUGGGUCAGGUGGUGGUUCUCUGCAGUUACUAAAGCUGUCUCGUUCUGUGUCUUCCUGCACCUUCCCAAGUCCAUAGUGCCUGUUGCAUGGACAGGUAAUAUUCAGGAAUAUUCAGACACAUUUGUCUGUAGUCAGUGAUCUUUUUGGCUGCUCAGAUAUCUGAUUUAGCCAUAAGGGUGGUUAUGGAGCUGGGAUUAAUCCCUUUGUCAGCAGCAGCUGACUGCGAGUGAGUCUAAGUUGAAUCAUCCCCCUUAAAAAAGUCAUGUGCAGAUUGGGAAAGGGGGACUACGAAGAAGUGAGUCAUGACCCAGGUUGAAGGGCAAGAAGCAUGGAGCCAAUUGUGUGGGUGUGGGGGGGUUUUUGAGAACUCUGAUCUCAAAAGCCUGGGAAUCUCAGGCUCAUCUACUGCUAAAGUUUUGUGGGACUCUUUUGUCUGCUGUGAGUUUAUAGAAGAAAAAUCACUCAACCUAGGCAUGAUUGAUGGCUUUUUAAAUUAAGGUUAAUGCUGGAUUCUUUCUGUAAUACAAUAGCUGUACUGAGGGUUUUUUCAUUUACAUGUGAUAAUGAACAUGGGUUUUAAAAGAUGAAUGUAAAUAUCUCAAUAAAAGUUCUUGUCCCUUUUAGUAAUGUGAAAAUACUGUCAAAUGGAAACUAGAAAAGUCUUGCCUAGGAGCAAAAUGGAUUGUCUGGUUUUUUGUAGAUGUUGUUUUAUAAAUUAAAGCUAUCUAAAUCCUUCCUGUAGAAACUAUUGUUGAAAUUGAAUGUUAAAAUAGUUUCACAUUUUAAUGGAGUUUCUUUUCCUCAAGAAGAAAAAAAAUUCCUCGUUCCACAUGUAAUGCAACUUUAAAAUUGGAAAAAUUGUUAGUUGUUCUGGAUAACUUCUUUCUUCCCAGUGCUUGCAAUAUUGUCUAGUUUCUUACGGGAGCCCUUAUGUGCAGUAUUGUAACUUAAUUGAUUGAAAGACUUGCUAAUUUUACAUCAUUUCUGUUCACACCACCACCCCUGCCCUUUUCCUGCAUGAUUAAUAAGAGGAAGUAAUGUGGCAUUGCAUUCUAGUGUCUUCCAAAGUUUUUGGUAUACCCCUUUGAAAAAAAUCUGUGGAAGUGUUUGAUAUUGGCAGGAAAAUAGGUGACGGGUAUAAAUUUGUGAUCAGUCUCACAAGUACUUUACUGGUUCAAUUAAGUUGUUAGGUGCAGCCUCCAAAUACUGGUCAUCUGCUCUUGGCUUAGCUAGAAAUCAUGUUCUUUGCCUGUGUUUUGAACAAAAAUUAAUUGGUGCACACAACUCCAAUGUAAUGGAAUUCACUGCUACUUUGUUUCUCUUGAAGCAAUUUUUCACUAGUUGAUGUUUCAGGCUUCAGAAAGAACCAGGGGAAGGUGUACUUAAUUUCUCCUUCUCACACUGAGUGCUACAUUUUUUUCUGUUUUGUCAGAAAUCGAAGAUGGGGAGACGUCCAGGUCAGUGUAAUAAUGGCCAUGUUUUUUCCUUCACCUGGAGAAGGCUGAAGAGACGAUUGCCUGCUUUGUGCAUUCUGUCACAGUUUGUAACACUACGUGGCGCCCUUGUUCAAAUAACAGCACUUCUGUUUUGCUUGCUUUCUGUAAACUGUCAGUGAGAGGUUGAGACAUGUGAAGGUUUUCCAAAAUAGGAAGGUUCCUAAAUGAACUAAUUGGAAAAAUUUUCAUGCUUUAUGAAGAAACUCGAUCUUUAAAUUCAAGACAGCUCAUACAGGUGGUCAUUAUGGAAUGGGUGUUGGCUUGAUAGCUAUGCUUAAGCUUUUGUUUGAGCAGGUAUGGAUGGUUUUCUUUUGUCAUGUGGGUAUAUCCUUUUCCAGACAAUCAAAGAUGAACAGCAAUCCUUGCGGAAAAACUGCAGUAUUCUGCGUUUCUGUGCAGAAGUUAAUACCUUCGUGGUUUUAGACCUUUUUUUGCAGGCUGAAGUAAGAAGAAUCCGAGUGAAUAGAAGGAUGGUUAACAGGGAUGAUCUGCUAGUAGGUCUGAGAAAUGCUUUGCUCACAUAAAUCUGAUUCCAGCUUUUCUAAGGGGUUUGAGUGAAGGGAGAAACUGUUACAUAUCCCUGAGGAAGUGGCACAGGACAUGUUUUUCAGAACAUGCUUGGAACCACCUGUUUUAGUUCAUACCUGACCUAGUUCAACCACUGUCUAGCUUCUGUUGGUCUUCCUUGUGCUGUGCAAAAGUGACUUUACAUAAUGUAAACCACAAAAUUGCAUCACUCUGAAUCAGCUAUUUAUGAUAAUGAUCCCACACAAAUGAUACUGCACUUAAAGACUCUAGCUUUGGCUUUGCUUCAGAGAGACUUUUGUCUUGCUGGACCUUAGAAAUCACUUGGCUUUAAUGAUUAGAGUUUUGCAUAGCAUCUCUACUGACAUUUGAAAAAAUAUUUUCCACCUUGUAUUUCUGUUCUUGUUGAUACAGGAUGCAGGAAAGCUCUGGGGCUGUAGCACUCAGAUGAUGAACACUCCUGCUUUCCAGAAGCACAAAACUUUUCAGUCUUUCUUUUAAACUACUUUGACUAGUAUUGUGAUGGUAGUUGCUCCGUUUUCCAUGUUAUUCAAGUUUAAUAGUACAGGUUGUUGGGGAGGGCAGAGGAUGAGUAUCCAUAGCCAUCUGCUGCUGUUACAAAAACUGCUCCUGACUUCUUCAUAUCCCUCACCUACUCUCAUUUUUUAGUGUAUCCUUAAGAGUUGAGGGUGAAGCCUUCUGCUCUCACAAACAGCAAAUAACAGCAGAAGCAUAAGGAAAAAGCCCACCAUAGAACAACAACAACAAGCAACAGGAUAGACAUAGAGGAAGUGUACUAUAAUAAAAUUUAUUUGUUCUUAUCUACUAUUCCACUCUCCAGGUAACAAUUUCUGACAGAUCUUAAAAUUUGAGAUUAUUCCCCACAUCAGACUGGGAGCCACCAAAUGUUUAGAGGCUACAAGUCAGUCAAUUACUACCAUCGUGCCUCAGUAUGAGGUAGUAACUUCAGUUUCCUGCUUUGAAAAGAAGACCAGUGAAAAAAUUAUAGUAGGGUUUUUUGGUUUUUUUUUUGCUGGUGCACAAUUUGAGUCACCUAUACCA